UCCGCCAUAUUUCUACCUCACCACGCCCGCAGAGACAAGCCAUUGAAAAGCCAGUAGAGCUGGGCUCAUAGUGUGCAUACCCUAGUCCCCACCUGCCUUCUCUUCCUCUCUGGUGGAAUCCUUUCUACUCGUCCUCCCUCUGUUCCUUACUACUAGGGCAGGAACGAGCCGCGACAGCUCUUCAGCAGCAGUUCUCCUCACGCGAGGGGUAAGCGACCGUGCCUGGAAAAAAGGUUCACCGUAAAGAAGUUCUCCCGCCAGGCACACGCUGAGAUUACCGGGCGGCGGCCUUGCCCACUUUCGGAGGAGCCGAACUCUCGCUUUAGAACAGGAGCGACAGGGAAGCGUAAUUGAGGAGGAGGGGAGGGAUUAACGGACAUUAGCAUUUCCGUGGGAGGUGGUUAUUUCGGAGGGCGGCGGAGGUGUAGUUUGCGAGGCACACUCGGGUGGUGGCAGCGGUAGCAGAGGCAGAAGUAGUAGUGAGGGAAGGAGGGAGAGGGGUGUUUUGUGCUCAACAGCUUGGCUGGCGAAGGAAGCACUCCUGCCGCCACGGCUGCAGUGAGAGAUGUUUUCAUGUUGCUUGGUGCAUAAUUUAGAGGAGGAGUUGGAAGCGGCGACUAUUUGAGGCAGGGAACGGGGGGAUUUGUGCUGUUGGGGGCCCGCUUUUUCUUUGUGUGUGGGAUCGAGGCAGCUCGCUGCACUUGCUCUACAGUGCCUGGGUGGGGACUUCCGGGUAGAGAGCGUCUGUGUCCCCCGGGACUGGUGCUCUGGUGGGGUGUGUGUGCGCGCGCGUUUUUAGGGUGGGGGUUGUGUCUGGACCAGUUAGGAAGAAUGACUUUGGAGUCCAUGAUGGCGUGCUGCCUGAGCGAGGAAGCUAAGGAAGCCCGGCGGAUCAACGACGAGAUCGAGCGGCAGCUGCGCCGGGACAAGCGAGAUGCCCGUCGGGAACUGAAGCUGCUGCUGCUGGGCACAGGAGAGAGUGGCAAAAGCACGUUCAUCAAACAGAUGAGAAUCAUUCAUGGAUCAGGUUACUCUGAUGAAGAUAAAAGGGGCUUUACGAAAUUGGUGUACCAGAAUAUAUUUACAGCAAUGCAGACCAUGAUCAGAGCAAUGGAUACCCUCAAAAUCCCAUACAAGUAUGACCAUAAUAAGGCUCAUGCACAGUUAGUUCGAGAAGUCGAUGUAGAGAAGGUGUCAACUUUUGAGAACCCCUAUGUAGAUGCACUGAGAAAUUUAUGGAAUGACCCUGGAAUCCAGGAAUGUUAUGAUAGACGACGAGAAUAUCAGUUAUCAGACUCAACAAAAUAUUACCUUAACGACUUGGACCGCAUAGCAGAUUUGGCCUAUCUGCCAACUCAGCAAGAUGUGCUUAGAGUUCGAGUUCCAACAACAGGGAUCAUUGAAUAUCCAUUUGACUUACAAAGCGUCAUUUUCAGAAUGGUGGAUGUAGGAGGCCAGCGAUCGGAAAGAAGAAAAUGGAUACAUUGCUUUGAAAAUGUCACAUCUAUCAUGUUCCUAGUAGCUCUUAGUGAAUAUGAUCAAGUGCUUGUGGAGUCUGACAAUGAGAAUCGAAUGGAAGAAAGCAAAGCACUCUUUAGGACAAUUAUCACAUAUCCAUGGUUCCAGAAUUCUUCGGUCAUUCUGUUCUUAAAUAAAAAAGAUCUUUUAGAGGAGAAAAUUAUGUACUCCCAUUUAGUUGAUUAUUUCCCAGAGUAUGAUGGACCACAACGGGAUGCACAAGCAGCACGAGAGUUCAUCUUGAAGAUGUUUGUAGACCUGAAUCCAGAUAGUGACAAAAUUAUCUACUCCCACUUCACUUGUGCUACAGACACAGAGAAUAUACGCUUUGUCUUUGCUGCUGUCAAGGACACUAUUCUACAGUUAAACCUGAAGGAAUACAACCUGGUCUAACUGUGCCUAAGAGGCCCUCCAAGACCACCUUUGUGUGAUUGAAGAUGCACAAUAGGGACUGGAUUAUCUGUGAAAACAAGUUGCAUAAUACUAAUUUAUUGCUGGCCUGCACUCUGUGAAUGUUCAGAGUUUUUUAGAUGAUAUUAUGAUUUUAUUUAAAUUAUAUGGAGGAAAACCAAAAUAUGCUGAAGUACAUUCACAGUACAUUUUCUUAUUUUUUAGGCAAAAUAUUGUGACUCAGUGUUUUGUAAAUUCUCAGUCAUACACUCACAAAGGAUAACAGGUUUUUGCUAUUGAAGCAAAAUCAAGCUGGUUUCCCCUUUCCCUGACCCUUUCUCUCCCUCCUUCCUCCCCCGCUAUGUUUUAAAAGUACAAUGGCCAUUUUACCACUUGCAUUCCUUGAUAAUAUAUUUUCUGUUAAGUGACUUGGCUAAGAAAAUUAGUAUCAUCAGAAGUGAUGUUAUCAGUCAUUCAAAUUUUACAGAAUGUUCUUUCUCUGAAGGAUCAGAAGUAUUGAAAGUAUGAUUUUUUAAAUUCUUAAAAUUAGUGUUCUAAUUCUGUCUUCUCUUCUGAGACUAGAAUAUUGGGAAUUGCAAAAUAGAAAUAGUUGUGUAUGGAUUUAGAACUUAAACAUACUUUCACAGUUCAGAAAGAUGCAUAGAAGACCGUAAUAAAAUAAUUAAAGACAUAAAUGUUCAUAGAAUAUCAUUAAAUCUCUUUUUAAUUGCCAUGUGCCAUUAUUUUCUCUUUUCUUUACUCACUAAUGACAAGUAGAAAUAUCAUGGACACUACAUUUUCCCCAGUGAUUACAGCCGGAAACAGGGUUAGGGGUUUAUGUUUCAGUUGUGUUCAUUUUUUCUUAAGUUAGAGCUUUUUUAAAGUGUUUUUCCACUGUAGAAUUUUUUUGUUGUCAUUGUAUAAAAUCUUGCCAAAUAUGGCUUUUUAUGAAACCAAUACUUUUGAAACAUAACAUAAUGAUUGAAAUGCCAAACUAAUGGAUUGGAAAUUGACCUGACUGAGUCAACUGCCAAAUUAUAAACAUAGUUUUAACUCAUAUGUUCCUAUUUUUAUUGUGUUCCAUUUUCUAAUGCCAAAAACAACAGUGUGAGUGAAUAUGCUACUCAGUAUAUGUGUAUAGAAGACAGUUUAAUUCUCUCCUUAUGUCAGAGAUGGCAUGAGAUUGCAUACAAUGUUUUUUCUAAUAAUAUCAAGCACCUCGUUUAUUACUGAUGAAUGAUCACAUUCAGAAACCUCUCUUGAUAAGGUUGCUUCUUAACCUGUUCACAGGCAUUUUAUAGGUUUCAUGCAAAAUAGUCUCUCUUGAUAUUCGUUAGAAAUAUUUCUUAAUGCAAAUCACUCUUGAAAUUUAAACAUGCAAAUUUUUAAUAACAAAAAUGUAGCACCCAUCAAUGAGCAGCUUGGGUUGAAAGGCAUUUUUUGACCAGGUGCAUGAUUGCUAGCAAGCUACAGAGAACUCUGAGGUCAGACAUUGAAUUACUUACAUUGCCAAGUAGCAAUAGGGUGCACUUAGCAGAGAAGCUGCUGCCUUUCACCAGCAAAGGAGAGGUGGAAAAACAAUCUCUUAUUACUUGAGUAACGAAGUUAACAAUAAAUACUAAUGAGAUUUUUUCAUCCUUAAUACUCUCUACUCUAAAACAACAUUAAUAAGAAUAGUUGCUAGUUUUUGUUCCCUCAUAAAACACCUUAUAAUUGGAAACAGAUUGUAGGUAUAGUGCAAUUCUUAAUGCUAUAAUCAUUGUACAUACAUAUAUGCCAGCAUCCAUAUUGGCUUUAUAUUCAUUAAUUUUGGCAAAUUGAAUGUGCUGUGUUGAUAUGUAUCUAUGUAAUUGUAUAAUAUGACUUAUAGCUGAUUCACAUUUUAAAUAAUGUUAUUUUAUUUACUUUUUAAAGACAAUAAUGGUUUUUUUUUUCAGUUUACUCCUGACUAGGUAUUUGUUAUCUUUAUUUUAAAAGCAACAAAAAAGCUUAUCAUAGUACAGAAUUAUAGUAGCAUUGUGCUAUAUAGAAUCAUUUGAACAUUCCUGAGUAAAAGUAAAUUGGAGCCACGCAAAGGACAGUCAUAAACAAAACAAUGCUUAAAUCUUGUCAGGACUUUAUACAGAUGUAGAAGCUGUUUUUGUUAGAAGAAUUGAUGCCAUUAUAUCUAGGAUUAGAACAUAAGCUCUUAAAUAUCAGUUUGUAUUUGGCAGAUCCAACUUCAGUUAAUUUUACCUUUCUAAUAGCCUUUUUUAGAAAAGUGAAAUUAGAGACAUUUCAAACCAUUGAACAUAAAUACUAAUGGGUAUAUUCUAUUUCCCUAAAAAUAUAAUAAAACCAUCAGAUCAGUUGAACAUUAAUUCAGAAAUUACAGAAAGCUUAGACAUAACAACAACUAAGUUGCUAAUGUUAAAAAUUUUAAGGAGUAAAAAUUUGUUUAAUAAAGCUAAAGCACAUAGUUGAAGGCUAUAAAAACUGACACUGACAUUCUAAAUGUAUCAUCAGAACAGCUGUUCUUAUUAUAUAUGUAAUUAUAACAUUGGCUCUGAUCUUACUUGUAAACAUAACAAAUAUUCUGUUUUAACCAUUGACUCUGGAAUGUGUGAUAAUAUCCCUUCUUUCAGCCUGUGAAUACAUUGGCCACCGUGGAUUUAGUGAUAUAAAUAGAACUGUAGGGGGAAAAAAGUGCAAAAAAAUGCCAGUGUUGUCUAAUGAAGGUUUGGGUUUAUUUUAUUAUGGGAUUUCGGGGGGGGGGGGGGUGUAUGGGUUUAAGGUUUUAAUAUAAAAAAACUUUGUAUAAAAAUAAACCAAAAAUUUACUCACACUUUAUAGAUAUAUUGUGAUUGCAAAAUUUAAAUGUGUGUGCCACUGGGCUACUUCUGGUAUAUCUUAAUUGAGUUGAACCUGUGACAAUGUUUAGAUUAUUUAAACAUAUUCUGAAAAAAUAUAAUCAGCAUGCUAAUGCAAGCCUUACAUAAUUCACCUAACACAGCAUUGCAGUGUGACAGUGUUUACAAAACCAUUUAAUUUUUAAAUUACAGACGUUCUCAUUUGCAAUAUAUUCCAUUGCUGUUGCUGUUUUAAUUGGUGAUUUCUACUAUGCAUUAUAGUGCUUGAGUCUAGAAGUAUGUGCAUCUAACAUGAAGCUGAAGGCAAAAAUAAGACAGGAACCCUUUUAAUUUUGCAAAAUUACAUUGUUUCAUUGAAUGUCAUAAAUGAGAGAGGAGAAAAGGAAAACAUUGGGAAACUAUUCUAGGUGUACAAGAAAGCUGUAAAUAUGUUUUACACAAACCUUAAACUUGCUUUUUUCACUAGUUAGCUGGCACUUUGUUUACAUAUAUAGGAUGAUGAAGAUAUAAGAGGAGUUUGCUUUUAUAAUUCAGACUUGAUUUUCAAGGUAACCUGUAAUUUUAAAUCAUACUGCCACAUGACUGUGAAGCACUUCUUAAAGUUUGAAAAUAGAGGCGUUAUGCUGGCUAUCAGUCAGAACUGCCUGCAUGAUUUGCAAAAACUUUAAAAGGUGAUAAAAGGCCUGCAUAUGAAGAUAUUGCUAAACUAAGCUUUUGGUUACGAGAUGCAAGACUUUCAGAUUGCUCAAUUUAAUGGUCUUUCCCUUGUUAUGCAUUCUUCACAAAGCAUUGAAAUAAUAGGAGAAAACAGAGACAUAUUAACCCAUAUGGAAAAGAAAAAUAAUGCCCAAAUAAUUUAUUAUAUGUGCUGCUGUUAUUGAAAGUCUGUGCAUGAUUAUCCUGCAUUACAAUAGCAAAAUAAUUAAGUGUGCACAGUAUAUUAACAAGGCCUACAAAUUACCUAUCUCUAGUUAAGAAAUCAAUAAAUUAAAUAUGUUUUGGAGAGUGUUGCAAGUAAGGAAAUUAAAAUGGCCUGUUGUAGAUAAUUAAUGGUUAUUUGAGGCCUUCACACUUUUGCAGAUAAAGUCCCUCUUUGGACAUAAACAACUAUGAUUGCAUGUCCCUGUCCAAUUUGCUACCUUAGUAGAGAUCAUGAAAAACAAUGUGUUUUGAUUUGAAAAGAAUGACUGAUAGUUUCUCUUUUUUGUUGUUGUUUUUGCUUUUAUUUGUCAUUUUAUUUAUCAGUCAAAACAAACAUUUCCAUGUAAUCAGUAAUCCACUGAGGGUCAUUGUUUAUCUAGUUACGGGGUUUUUACUGUAACUUUCACUCGAGCUUUUUUACAGUAGCUAUGUUGCAGGAAAAAAAAAAUUGAAUAAUCAUUUGGGCAAAGCUGAUGUUGAAGGUAGUGUCAAAAAUGCAAGGGAAUUCUACCAAAUCAAUCUUACUCUUGGUAAUAAGACUUCUGUUUUUGUGAUGUUGGGGGUUUUUCUAUCAAAAGAUGGUCUAAGAUGAAGUCUUGCUGGAUUUCUUAUUUAUCAUGCUGCAGAAAAUCUUUUUUUUUUUUUUUUUUUGCCAAUAUAUUGGAAGGGGUGUCAGAUACAUUUUUAAAAUUUGCAGUGUUUAACAAAAUAAAGAUCAUAUUUGUUAUUCUAAAGUGUCAUUUAAAUGCGUGUAUCAUGUAUUAUGCGGGGGACAAAAAUAGGGUGUGGUUUUCUGUUUUUCUGUUUAAAAAACUAAUGCAUUAAUGCUGCUCCUUAACAAACGUGUUGGUUAAAAAUACAGUACUUUUCACCA